AUGUCACCGUGUCUCCCAUGUUCCACUUGUACAAAACUCAUGCAAUGUAAUCAAACAUAUUAUGUAGUGAAGCCAGGAUUACCGAACAAUCAAUUCCUCAGUACCUAUUUUCUCAAGCAAGUCAAUGCUACAAUAAAUUGUGCUAGUGAAUGUGAACUCAAUCCCUACUGCCUGUCGUUUUCCUAUAUUGUUGAUCGUCCAAGAUGGUGCUCACUAUUUAGUGGUGUCAUGAAUACAACUGUAAUACACAAUGAUACGAUGGAACAAAUGACUGGUGGGAAAGUAUGUUGUGGUAAGUGA